AUGCUCGUUGUUGUGAUGAAGCAAACCCGAAAAGUUACAAGGAAGCUUGAGGGUCAAGCCAAAAGAGUGACUAGCCUUGUCUUCUCGAACACUCUGAAUAUUUUUGUGUGGGGUGCUGCUGGGUGGGGAAAAACAGAGAAGCAAAUUGAAAGGGAUGAAAUAAUGAUCAAAACCAAUAUUCUAGAUGCACCAAGGAGGGAAACAAUCAGAGCCAGGAGCGACCAAGUGUAA